GAAACGCGCCGGUGCCAGCAGAGGGACGUCUCGAGACUCGAUGGUACCAGUUGUUUUUCGUUUGGUUCUCCCCUUGCAUGAAUAUCUUGGCGUGCGUCUUCACUUUUAUCUUGGUCCUCACGCCAUCCCCUGAAUAUCCAACACCUGCAGAUUCAGUGCCAUCGACCCGACACGGUCGCAUCCUCGACGGCUCUGUCUCCACCCCGAACCUUUCCGCCACAUCACACGGCAAGCAGCCUUCGCAACAGAGCACAAAAUCAACGCCACCAGUAUCAGGUGUCGAUCGCUGGCUAUCCCCCGAGACAUGGUGUGACGCGUUAUUCUUUCCACGUCCGUGCCUGAGGUCUGAGCGCGCACAUGGGCAAUACGGAGGAAGUAGCGGACGAAUCAUCAGUCCACCAAUCACACCUGUCGCUGAGGGUGCAUCACCGCGCCUCAGUCCUGCUAUACGUGGCAGGAGACCACAAGUGUUGUCAGCUACACAUGAUGUACGGAAGGAACACCAUGUUUUGUUGAAAUCCAGGUCGGCCGUUGAUAUCCUGUCUGGCCCCUCUAUAUCUGGCAGACCUCGUACUGCGUCUACGCCUCAACAACGCCCAGAUCCAGAUCCAGACCCAGUUCGGAACACAAGCCCCAAGGAAGAUGAAUCUGUACCGGGCCCAUCGACUGUGCAACAGGAACUCCGUCCGUCAGCCUCUGUGCCAUCGUUGACCCAAGUUCUUGAAGAAGGCGAGGUUCUAGAAGCACAACGAAAACGGUGGCAACACCAGGCGUCGCAUUCUUUUGGGAACAGCCGAACCCGCUCCCUCUCCCGCACUCGUGCCAGGUCAUUGUCACGAAGUCAUAGUCGUCCUGGGCACAAGCAAGAGGGCAGCACGACCCUAGAAUAUCUGGCUGCAUGCACGCUCCUAGGAGCUCAGAGCAUUGCUCCCACCGUCAACGCUGCACGUUCUUCGCACUCCCGAUCUCAUUCCCAUUCUCAUUCCCAAACUCAUUCAAAUUCUCGCGGGCGCUCUAGUUCGUACUCAUUCACGGGCUCACAAUCUCACUCCCUUGCCCUGGGACCAGCGACAGAGGAAACCAACAUUAUUCAUUUGAGUGACCCUGCGGGUGGUUCGCACAACGUAGCUGGUGAGGAAAGCGUCAUCAUCAUAGGGAUUUCUCCAGCCCCUACUACAGCAAGCGGGGAAGGGGUCGGUAUCGCACUUUCGUCCCCCCCUCCUGUCGACGAUCGCUCCAGCCAUGAUCCCGAACUCACGAGCAUGCCCAACCAUCCAUAUGCCACCGGUGCCAUAUACACUCGGUAUACUACCUCCAUCAUCUCCACUUUUUCACCAAGAAGGCUGGCGCUCCCUUCAAACGGUCAUUUUCACCCGCCACCUCCAGCGUGUCCACGGCUAGAACGACAACGGAAACUUGCAGAGGUGCUGCACACACAGGCUGAAGCGGAGGAUCGGGGAGAGGAUGUGGAGCGGCAGAAGAAUUGGGAAUGGACGAUAGAAGAGAACGAGGCGAGGAAGGCACGGAGAGCGGACUAUGAGUUUCAUGGUAGGGGAUUUUGUAGACGAUGCUCACGCGGCUCGACGGCGCUACAAGAACUCUCCGCUACCGCCUUCCCGACCAAGCAUCUUCAACACCCAACGCCGCCACCUCGAUCUCCACGGGACCCGCGCCCUUUUGCAGUGUUUCUUCGUCACGGAUGGCUCACGUAG